GCCCAGAAAGGUUACCACGUAGCGUCACUGCAGCCAACCAUGUGUAGGAUUAUGUAUCAUCAUGUGAACUGAAGGUCUGUGAGUGUGUUGACUGCUGUGAGACAGAGUUGUGUGGGGUCCUACAUUUAAAAAAAGAGAUUCAUUCAGAAAAUGGAGGCACGGCAGCUGAAAAGAGACGUUCAGGCUCUUAUUGGUGAUUACAUUGGACAGAAACUCAGAGAAAAUUCUUUUGAUCCAAAAGGGAAGGGGACCUCCACGAUGCUGGAUGACCUGGCUCACUAUGACCUGGCCAUCAGUGUUGCCCUGUGGUGGCUGGACAGAGAAGAGGGACGGGACAUGCUGGACAGAGACAUCAUCGGAACAACAAGCAGCGCAGGAAGUGCCAAGUACCCAAACCGCUUAGAGCGGGAGGCCAUGAUCCUGUCGUCCUUCGCUGGGAUAAUCAUGAACAGCCUCCCAGUGGAGGAGAUCUUGGCUCUGUACAGGUGUAAACCAGCUGCUUUGUAUCCCAACCAGCAGUCCAAGGGCAUGAUUGUGUACCCCUUCACUCUGUCCUACCAUCCCUUCGCCAUGCUUGGCUCUUACAAGGCUGUGCACCACUCCAAGAAGCACAAUCAAAAGUUGAAAAGAUGGCUGUCUGAGAGGGCGAAGGUGAGUGCACCGCCUGGACGAGCGUCAGCAUCAACGUCUUCCUCCUCGUCUCACUCCUUCCUCAGUGACAGCAAUGGCUGCAGAGAGGAGAGAACUGAGCACUAUGAGGGCUCACUGGAGUCUCUGCGCGACUGACGUCAACCCCAUGAUA